GGCAGCAUGUCACAGCUGACAGCCGUGUGUUAUUAUUAUUUUCAAUUUAAAAUCAUCCUAAUAUUAUGAAUUAAAACCUAAAUAAUGGAUAUAUCUAAUUUAUUUGAUUGCUUCGAAGAACCCACAACUAAUGAAUCUUCAGCACAGUUCCCUAAAUGGGAAAAUAAAGAAAAAGAAUCAUUACAAUCAAUUAAAGAUCCAUCUUCUUCAAAUAAACGACCUCAUGAACAGGUAGAAUAUGCUGAUACUGAAGUAAAACCAGAAGACAAUAAAAAACAAAAAAUUGAAGAUUUAAUAUCAAUAGCUGAUCUAAACUUAGAUUUAGCAAAUUCUCGAAUAGUGAUUCACACACUUGAUGCCGAGGAAGGGUGCACACAUGAGGUUGCAAUACCUCCAAACCAAGAGUAUACAGCACUAAAACCCAUUGCUUCCGAGCCAGCGAAAGAAUACACUUUUAUAUUGGAUCCAUUUCAAAAAGAAGCUAUUAUGUGUAUAGAUAACUUACAAUCAGUUCUUGUUUCUGCACAUACUUCUGCGGGGAAAACUGUUGUUGCAGAAUAUGCUAUUGCUCUUUCUCUGAAAAGUAAACAAAGAGUGAUAUAUACAACACCUAUCAAAGCUCUCUCAAAUCAAAAGUACAGGGAGUUCUCAGAAGAAUUUCAAGAUGUUGGCUUAAUUACUGGUGACGUUACUAUCAAUCCAUCGGCUUCAUGUCUCAUUAUGACUACAGAGAUUCUAAGGAAUAUGUUGUAUAGAGGAUCUGAGAUCAUGAGAGAAGUGGGUUGGGUGGUGUUUGAUGAAAUACAUUACAUGAGAGACAAAGAAAGAGGGGUUGUCUGGGAAGAGACCUUAAUUCUUCUCCCGGACAACGUCCACUACGUGUUCUUGUCGGCCACGAUCCCCAACGCGCGUCAGUUUGCCGAGUGGGUGUGUCGGUUGCACUCGCAGCCGUGCCACGUGGUCUACACGGAGUACCGACCCACCCCGCUGCAGCACUAUGUCUUCCCCGCCGGCGGAGACGGCAUACACCUGGUUGUGGAUGAAAAGGGUACUUUUAAAGAUGAGAACUUUAACGCGGCUAUGGCGGUUCUGAGUAACUCGGGUGAUUCAAGUCAGAACGACAAGCGAGGUCGCCGCGGUGGACCCACAGGGUUCAGCCAGCCCAACAUAUUUAGUAUAGUCAAAAUGAUCAUGGAGAAAAACUUCGCGCCAGUCAUCAUAUUCAGUUUCAGUAAGAAGCACUGUGAGCUGUAUGCGAUGCAAAUGGCUAAGUUGGACUUUAACACAAUUGAAGAAAAAAAGUUAGUUGAUGAAGUGUUCAACAACGCAAUGGAUGUUCUAUCGGAAGAGGACCGCAAGUUGCCGCAGGUUGAGAACGUGAUACCGCUGCUGCGGCGCGGAAUAGGCAUCCAUCACGGAGGUCUACUACCGAUACUGAAGGAGACUAUCGAGAUACUUUUCGGCUUGGGACUCAUUAAGGCUCUGUUUGCGACGGAAACUUUCGCCAUGGGUCUUAACAUGCCAGCGAGGACUGUGGUUUUCACCAGCUGUCAGAAAUUCGACGGAAGAGAUUUCAGAUUCAUAUCAUCAGGAGAGUAUAUCCAGAUGUCUGGAAGGGCCGGACGACGAGGGUUGGACGAUAAAGGCAUUGUUAUACUGAUGAUUGACCAAAAGGUUACACCCACUAUUGUUAAAGGAAUGGUGCAAGGAAAGGCGGAUCCGAUCAAUUCAGCUUUCCAUCUAACUUACAAUAUGGUAUUAAAUCUGCUGCGUGUAGAGGAAAUAAAUCCCGAAUAUAUGUUAGAAAGAAGUUUCUUCCAAUUUCAAAAUCAAGCAGCCAUUCCUGAGUUAAUUGAAAAGGUUAAAGCGAAACAUGAGGAAUACUCGGCUCUCUCAAUAGAGGACAAUGACUCCAUAGCGACGUAUUGCCUCAUCCAUGACGAGCUGGAAAUGCUUGGCAUACAGUUCAGAUCCUUCAUCACCAAGCCUGAGUAUCUGAAACCAUUCCUGCAGCCCGGGAGACUAGUAAAGGUUAAAACAGAAAAAUAUGAGUAUGACUGGGGUGUAAUAGUAAACUUUAAGCACAAAACUGGCAAAGGAAAGAAGGGCAAGGAUGAAAACCCCCUGACUGCUGAUACAGUCAUAAUGGUGGACAUAUUGCUGCAUGUAAAGAAGCCUGGCAAAGAUGACUACGAGACCAAUAUACCUUGUCCACCCGGUGAGACAGGAGAUGUUGAAGUUGUACCCAUAGUUCACACUCUGAUACAUCAAAUAAGUUCACUCAGGGUGUACUAUCCAAAAGACUUGCGGCCAUCGGACAGCCGGAAGUCUGUGCUCAAAACUAUCAACGAAGUGAAGAAACGUUUCCCUGAAGGACCGCCACUACUGAAUCCAAUAACAGAUAUGAAAAUUAACGAUCGGGUGUUUAAGGACUGCGUUGAUAAAAUUAAGAUUUUUGAAGAAAGAUUAUACGCCCACCCGCUACAUAAAGACAAAAACCGCGCCGCGCUAAAGGCGGCCUACGACCAGAAACAAAAGGUUUACGAAGAACUGCAGGAGGCCAAGCGUGAGUUGGAGAAGGCCAAGAGCAUACUGCAGAUGGACGAGCUGAAGAAACGGAAGAGAGUCCUGAGGAGGAUGGGAUACUGUACAAUGGCGGAUGUGAUCGAGCUGAAGGGACGCAUCGCCUGCGAGCUCAGCAGCGCGGACGAACUGUUGCUGACUGAGUUGAUAUUCAACGGUGUAUUCAACUCGUUGACGGCGGCGCAGAGUGCUUCGCUGGUGAGCUGCUUCGUGUGCGACGAGAACUCCACGCAGGCCUCCGCCACGGGGGAGGAACUGCGCGGAGUGCUGCGGCAGCUGCAGGAGUACGCGAGGCGCAUCGCCAAGGUGUCGAUAGAGUGCAGCAUGCAGCUGGAUGAAGACGAGUACGUGGGCAAGUUCAAAUGCACGCUCAUGGAUGUGGUGCACGCGUGGGCCAACGGCGCCAACUUCCUGCAGAUCUGCAAGAUGACCGACGUCUUUGAAGGCUCAAUAAUUCGGUGUAUGCGUCGACUGGAGGAGGUUCUGCGGCAGCUGUGUCAGGCUGCCAAAAACAUCGGUAAUACGGACCUCGAGGUGAAGUUCAGUGAGGCCAUUAGGAUAUUGAAGCGAGACAUCGUUUUCGCAGCCAGUCUGUAUAUGUAGGCUAUAUUAUAACUAUUUUAACCUAA